AUGAAAGAAGAUAAAAAAGCAGCGUCUAUCACGCAAACCGAUGAAAAGGAUGUUCAACUGGGGAUCAUCACUGAUCUUGAUGAAGGCGAGGUCUUUCUCCACCAACAUGGCUACACCAACGAAGCCGUCCAGGCCCUCAUGGACGAUGAAUCACGCAAUAAAGCUCUAGUUCGCAGAGUGGAUCUUGUGCUUCUACCUUUACUUGCGGGUACCUAUACUCUGCAAUACAUAGACAAGUCGGCAUUAGGCUACUCUGCCGUCUUCGAUCUGCUGUCUUCGACCCAUAUGACAAGCAAUGAAUAUAGCUGGCUAGCAAGUAUUUUCUAUUUUGCCUACCUUUUUGCAGAGUACCCCUGGAAUAUUCUUGCACAGAAGACUCGGCUAGGCAAAGUCGUCUCUGGAAAUGUCAUCGCAUGGGGUGCCAUGCUCAUGAUCACCGCUGCUUGUACUUCAUUCACUGGCAUGGGAAUUUGCCGUUUCCUGCUUGGUGUCUUCGAAGCGCCCAUCACGCCUUGCUUCAUGAUGAUCGUGGGUAUGUGGUAUACACGCUCUCAGCAGCCAUUCCGUGCUGGGGUCUUCUACAGCUGCAAUGGACUCGGGGCUGUGAUUGGCGGUGUCUUGACAUAUGGAAUCGGACAAAUCAAGACAAUCGCAGUCUGGCGAGCUAUUUACCUGAUUCUUGGUGGAAUCACAGUUUGCUGGGGCAUUUUGAUGUUUUUCUUUCUUCCCGACGACAUCAUCUCAGCGAGACGCUUCAAUAUCGAAGACAAGGUCCUUUUGAUUGGCCGCAAUCGACUGGGGCGAACAGGUGUGAUCAACCACAAGAUUAAGUGGUAUCAAAUCAGAGAAGCAUUAGUCGAUCCUCAAGUUUGGAUUCUGUUCCUCUUCACUCUAUUGAACGAGGUCAUAAAUGGCGGCAUUGCCAAUUUCAGCAAGCUCAUCAUCAAAGGUCUGACAGAUGACGCGCUCACCACAGUUGCACUGGCAAUCCCAAUGGGCGGGUUUCAGAUCUUUUAUAUUUUGAGCGGAACUUUCUUAGCCUCGCGCUUUCGUAAUACGCGCACGAUCGUCAUGUUCAUUUAUCUAAUGCCGACGAUCGUUGGUACCUGUCUACUGUGGAACAUGAAUCAUGAGACCCACAAAGUGGGCGUGUUGUUUGGUUACUAUAUUUGUGGGGCAUAUGUCUGCUCUUUGGUGCUGGCGUUGCAGAUGCCUGCUACUAACCUCGGAGGCUACACGAAACGCAGUACUGGCGUUGCCCUUGUCUUCCUAGCUUACUGUGCUGGGAAUAUCAUCGGUCCCCAUGCUUUUCUAGCGAAAGAAGCACCUAUCUAUCAGACUGGCUGCAAGUUGAUCAUUUCAUGUGCAGCUGCUCAGGCUGUGCUCGCUCUUUGCCUUCGGAUGCUUCUGAUUUCUCGAAACAAAAAGCGAGAUGCGGCCGCUAGUAAUGAAGGUACCGAGGGUAUAUCGCAAGCGGACGAGCUGGCUGACUUGACUGAUUUCGAGAAUCCAAAUUUCCGCUAUGUGUUUUGA